AUGGGUUGUGUGACGGGUGUCCCUUUGGUUCGCCAAAGGCCAGCAGUGAAUAGUGCUGCUGAAAGGCCAAAGGAAUGGGAGUGGAUGGGACUCAUCACAGAGGUCAUCUCAUCUCACUCGUCAGCCUUCCAUCCAAUCCGCUUCUGCCCCAUCCCCAAUCCCCCCGCAGCUCCGCUCCACCCCACCACCCCCACUCUGACGCCGCUGCUCGACCAAUACGCGAAUAGUGAAUCUUUCGCCCGAAAGAGCCGCGCCGCGGUGCGCAUUGUUCGCCCCCCUAUCGACGUCGCGGCGGACGCGUCGCUCGCGGCGUACCUCCCGUUGUUCCACGCCCUCUCUCAGAUUAAUCAGCAGCAGUCGUCCGCGGUUUCCGCUAUUGAUUCUCCGUCGCGCGAUAACAACGCGUGCAGCCCACGUCUCUCAAGCGUCAGCCACGCCACCAGCUCUCACAGCAAGACCAUCCCGGCGCGUCGCGAAAUGCUGUCUUCUGCUGCGGGCUCUCGGAAACGCGCGAACAGCGAUAUCGACGUAGCUUCUGGCGCCAACGCUCUGCUCACGCUCCGCGUCGCCUCCGCGUCGUGCGCUGCGGAAGAUAGCACAGACAACAACGCCGUUUCCGGCGUCGACGCGCAACGCUCGCCAAACUAUGCCGCUCCGGCGACCGCGUCGCCCAAGCGCAACUUCGUGGAUUUAGACCUAAACGCCUCCCCCGACGCGCAACACGAGGUGGAGCAGAAGAGCGCGUGCACCGCCGGAUCCGCGGAGGAGGAAAAGCCGCAAAAGCGGAAGCGCGGCGGGCAACAACCGAUCAAGACUUGCCCUAAAUGCGGGAAGCAGUUUUCCACGGGGCAGGCGCUCGGCGGGCACAUGCGGAAGCACUGGGACGGCCCUCUAAACGUGAAAACGAAGCAGCUCUUGGCGCAUACCAACGGCACGAGCGUUAGCGAUACGUCGGAGCUCGUUAUUGCGGCUCGCGUGGCGAAACAGAGGAAGGUCAGCGACAGUGGCGAUGUGAAAGGCGUGAAGAAUGUGAAGAGGGACCUUGACCUCUCCCUUAGUCUCUGA